AUGGCUCUGAGUUCCCGGUCGCCAGAGUCGGGGUUCGGCGGAGAGAAGAUGCGGCAGUCGGCCAUUGUCUCCACCGGCCCCUCCCUGGAGUUAUGCACUAUCCCUUCCACCCUGGGCUCCUCGGUCGCGGCUUAUGCACUGGAGCAGCUCCUUGUUGUGGAAAAAUCGCUACAAAGUGACUAUUUUAAAUGCAAUGAGGAAGCUAAGACCUUUCUUAAGGACACUGCUGUAGCUGUUAAGAAAUUGGAAGAAAUGAGAAAAACCACCAUUGAUCUUCUAGAAAUUGAAAGCAUGGAACUCAGUAGACUAUAUUAUCUACUGGAAACUCUUCCCACUAACAUUAACAUAGAAUUGGAAGAAUGUGUCAGAGAUGCUCGCAGAUUAAAUCUUUGUGAGAAAAAGCAAUUGCAAACGAAAGUCACAAACCAGAAUAAUGAAAUACAGUGUCUGAAGGGGACAAUAAUUGAAAUGGAAAAAAGAAAUGAAGAACUGGGUGAAAAGCAAGAUAAGCUGGUGACCCAGCAUGAAAAGGUGGUCCUGUCCCUCAAUCAUGCAAUGGCAGAAAAAGCUACAACCACAGUCUUCAUCAAUGAGACUUACACCAAAAUAAAUAUGGAGAAAGAAGAAAUAGAAAUGCAUAAAAAAUCUGCUCAAGACACAGAGGAGCAAAUAGAAAAAGAAAAAGCAGAAUAUUUGCAAAAAAAGAAAAAAUUGAAGGACAAAAUUCAGGAGGAAAAAAACCUUUGUGACCUUAAGAAAGCGGAGACUUAUAAAAUAAAGAAAGAAUUGGAAAAGUUGAGGAGCAGAAUGACAAGUAUGAAAGAAACAGUUACCGCCAAGUCAAUGGUUAUUAGCGAUCACAAUUUAGAAAUAAGACAAAUCCAAGAAUCAAUAAAACAUUGGGAACAACAGGUGGAGGAUAUGAAGAAUUCCUUUAAGAUCCUGGAGAAUAAGAUUAAUUUUUUUGUGACUAGCAAGGAAAAAUUGGAUGCUGCAUCGAGUACUGAAAAAGAGGAAUAUUUACUGAAGAUAAAAGAGAUAACAGAAAAACUGGUACAAGCUCGUUCUGAUAACAAAGAACUACAGGAGAAAUUAAAUACUGUAACCAGACAAUAUAAGAUUGUCUUAAAGGAAGAAGAAAAUGAUUUUGUGCGGAAACAGAAAUUAGCUGAAGAAAAUAAAAAGCAACUGGAGUUCAUGACUAAGAAAGAGCAAUUUCUAUUAAAAAGAAAAGUAGACAUCAAAAAUAUGGAAGAAGGACUUGUCACAUUGAAAGACCUUCUGAGAGCGACACAGGAAAUAUACCGAAAGCAAAUAAGAAUCCUGAAUGAUAACAUGCAAAGGGAAUAUCAGAGAUGUAUUUUCACUCAGUGGAAAAUAUCUUGUCUCCAAAAACAACAUGCACGUUGGCUAAUAGCCCAAAAGAAUGCAUUACAAGAAGUUACAGAAAAAAUUCAGUUUGCAGAACAAAGAAAAUUUGAUUUAAUAAAACAGGUCAGUUUCAGAGAAAGACAUAUCAAUGAAUUUUUGUCAGAGAUUGAAGGCCUUACUGUAAAGUUAAAACAAGAGGAGGAGCUAUCUGUUAUCAAAGAAAAAAAGUUAAUGCAUAAGUUGAGCAAGUAUCAGGAAAUCUUUGAGAAGGAACAGCAAAGUACAAAAGUAAAAGAAGAAGAACUUGGCGAGUGUCUUCCACAUCUUCAGGUGGCAGAAGAAAAUUUUACAAGUAGAAACAGAGAACUGGAAGAGCUCCAUGCUGUUCUCCCAGUACUCAAGCAGGAGCAUGAUUUACUGGACACGUCCAUUUUUCAAUACUCAAGGGACUUCUCAGGAUACUGGAUCACUAUGGAUAAAUUGAAGGAAGAACUGAAACAUUUACGGGAGCAAGAAAGCCGUAAAAUCAAAAAUCAUUUUGAAAUUCUAAAGGAAUUAGAAAAUGAAAUCUAUGUAUAUGACCUAAAAACAGAUGCUCUGCUCCUGGAAAACAGAAGAUUAAAACAAUAUAUAGCAUACAUGAAGAAGAUUACACAGCAAUACAAAGAAGGAAAAGAAGAUCUCCUCCACAACUCAAGUGACCUGUCUUGGCAACUGAUAUCUCAUCACACACAAUAUUUGAGUUUGUGGACUGAAUAUCAUGUCACAGUUAAGGACUUGGUCAAGGAUGGUGAGGAGAUCUCGAAAGAAAUAAAAGCUCUAAUAGACAAACUACAUAUAAGAGAUGAAAAAGUUGAGGCUAUCAGGAUUUGGUUGCAAGGGAAUCUUCACGAGCUGUGUUCUUUUAUGGACAAGGAAUCGCGAACAAAGCUUAAAAAGAAGAAAAAGAGCCAUAUAAAAAAGGUCCACUUUUCAGAGACUGAAUGUACUAUGAAAAAAAUAUUGACAAAGAAAAACUAGAAAAGAAACUU